UAAGUUGUUACUUCUAUGAGUGAGUUUUGGAUUUUCUGGUACAUUUCAAAAUACUUUACAAAAUUUACCCAUGUAAAGUAGCUCUUUCUAAAUUCAUGGAAAUCAUUGAAUUCAUUGAAAAUAGUUGCAUUUUCUGUAACGAACAUGAGGAAGACUUGUCUCAUUUGUUUUAUAAUUGUGAUUUGUUUUUUAGAUUUUGGUCUGAUGUUAGUUCCUUUUUAUUUGUUCAAGAAAUGUUAAUAACAUCCUCUCUUUAAAAGAUGAUAUUUGCACUUAAUCGCACAAAUUAUUGAGUAUAUCGUUAACUUUUACAUUUUUCAUGGUAAAUAUUACAUUCAUAAACAAAAAUUUACGAAAUGCAUACCAAAAUGUAAUUUAUUUUUAUUAGAAAUUGAAUCUUUGAAAAAAAAUCUCUAAUGCAAAUUAAUAACAAAAAGAAUGACAUACUGCUAGGUUUCAUGUAGGAAUUUUUUCUUGUAUAGGCUGGUGGUCAUGGCAUGUAGCCUAUACAAUUUUUCUUGAGGGUAUUGUUAUCUGGCCUACUAAGGCACAAAAAUGCCGCAUUAAUUCAAGUAUAUAUUGCUGCAGCCCGGAGACCUCCAAGUGGGAGGGACUUAUGCCGCAAGUAGGUUGGGACAGCUCCAAGAGGGAGGGUAGGUUUAGGGUUGGGUUUGUAGGGCAUCUUAACAAGGCCCAACCCAUUUGGAGCUGACUCCGACCAGAGCCAUAGAGAGACAGAGGCUGUGUUCGAAAUGCCAUACUAUCAUACUACUCUUACUAUUUAUGCAGUAUCCAGUAUGUAUGCUGUGCAUAGUAUGCAAAUUUUCUGUAUGCAUGGAAUACCCGGAUGACCUACUAUAUUUGCCAGAAUCUGCUAAAUAUAACUCAAGUACACAGAAAUCAGUAGCUGUGUUCCAAAUGGCAUACUAUCAUACAACUCCUACUAUAUUGCAGUAUGCUGUGUGUAUACUAUACUGUGAAUAGUAUGUGAAUUUUCUGUAUGCAUGGAAUGCCCAGAUUACCUGCUACAUUUGCUGAAAUUUGAUGUAUGCAUCUGAAGACACUGCGUGGGAUACUGUUUCCCAGAACGCAACGCGCUCCAUGUGACGUUUCAUCUUCAAACGCGUGAGUGAACUGGAGGCGGGGAAUAGUAAUUAUAAAUGUAAGACUUGUAUAUGUACGUAUAUACAUAUACAUGUAAACUACAAACUAUCACUGUGUAUCUAAAAACAAUAGUAGGACAUAAAUUGUACUUUAAUCUCUGAGGCACGUUUCCGAUCAAGUCAAAUGAUGUCACCUUUAUCUCUAGCGCUUAGAUUGUUUCAAAGAUAUUAAGUAAUAAUAAUAUUGCAGCAAUAUAAUAUAUAAAUAACAAUAAUAUUUCAAUUAUGCAAACAGAAUUAAAUUCCCCUGUCAAGCAGCUCUAAAAAGAAACGGAGUGUAUUUACACUAAGGACAAAUAGACCAAUUUGUUGGCAGAGACUAUUUACAUAAACUCCGACCACUAAUGCCUGGCUGAGAUAAACAGAACUGCAAAAGACACGUGUUUUUCAGUAAAAUCCACUAUUAUUAAUUUUUUUUUUUUAUAGUUAUAUUUUAUGGGUCACACUACAUGCCAUGUUAGGACCAAACCAAAUCUCCAGGUUCUCAUACGAGAACCAGGCUGAAAAACUUAUGUGCACCCCUGGUCAUGUGCCUGUCUGUCAAUGGAAGGAAGCCACGCCCCUAUUUUGAAGCUCCCACCCCGUUUUGGAGUUCCCGCCCCCAUUUGGAGAUCUCCAGGCUGCAGUUAUACCCUUCUCCCCUAGCCUGUAACAUGUUGAUAGAUAGGCUACCUGUUUAAAAAUGUGCAGGUACAUUUUUGCAACACAUUUUAAGACUAGAAGCAUACAGUGCAAAUGGACAGGAUUUCAUGUCCUCAUCUUUUUACUUGUACUUUCACUUCCAUCUGCGUCACAUGGUUUUCACUCUUUGUGGUUACUUUCAACUUAUAUUCAAGGAGAAACACAGUUCCCAAAAUUUAGUUGCACAACAACUCUGGAUGACAUUACAGUCGGAUACUAUAAUUCAGAGAGGUAUAUUCCAAGAGGGAAUACGACGAAUGAGGAUGAUGUGAUUGAUUCAGAUUACAUAAAGGGUAUAAGUGACCACAUGUAUAACUCCUUUAUAAGACGAUCUGCACUGUUCAGAGAGAGUUUUAAUGUUUAUCAGACACUGGUUGUCUGUGAGCUGCUGGAACCUGACAAGUCUGGAAAGAUGAUUAUCAAAGAUGCUGCUGGAGGCUGCACCACAGAUGAAAUGUGUUACUUUAAUGACAUGUUUACUUACACUGUGACUGUAAAUAUUACACAAGAACUGAUCAAACCUCACCUGGAAGAAUUCAAGCAGGAAUUUGCAACGUUCUUUUAUCCAGUUUGCAUGACAACUCUCAAGAAUUACCUUAAAAUAAGAAGAGGUCAAGUGAACAAGAGGAUAACGCCCCAUAUCAGGCUCAUCCAGAAAGAAAACACAGAUUCCGAAGGGUCUCGUUUGAGUUGUUUGGCAACAGGAUUUUACCCUCGUCACAUCAACCUGACCCUGUUCAGAGACGAGCAGCCUGUAGCUGAUCAUGAGAUCACUGGAGGAGAUCUGCUGCCCAAUGAUGACGGGACGUACCAGAUGAGGAAGAGUCUGGAGAUCAGUGCUGCAGACAAACACAAAUACACCUGCUCUGUCACACACCUCAGUCUGGACAACAAACUUGAAGUCACUUUGGAAAAUGAUCCUUCCAGAUUUCACAUAUGCGCUGCUGUCCUGGUCUUUGUAUGUGCGAUAUGUGUGAUUUUGGCAGCCAUGUGGAUGUGAAGGCAAGGAAGACAGAUACCAAGAGGUUUCUUCUGAUAAAGGUGCUUCAAGUGAGUAGGCUGUCUGAAAAAUUGUUCUGUAACUGAAAUUGUAAUCUGUAAUUUGUAAUUUGUUGUUUUGUGGAUCAAACUGAGGUAAAUGGAGCCAUUUUCACAAAAGUCUAUUCAGUUAAAGAAUACCGAAUAGAUCUUGAACUCAUAGACUGAUGAACCUAGUCUUUUCUAUUAAAGAAAACUUACCACUUGGCAGUGUGAUUUAAAGUCAAACACUUGAAUACAAAUUGAUACGUCUGAACAAACUUCAGAAUGCAGCUAUGCAGAUGAAUUGUCUGCAUGUUAAAUCAUAUUUAUGUGAUUUUACACAUUAAAGAAAGUUGUUCUUAAUGUAUGUAUAGUUUUGUUUUUGUGCAUUACCUUUUACCUUUGAGAAUCAGCAAGUCUCUCUGCCUACAUUUCAUGUGUGAGUUUGUCACUCUGUCAUAACUGUGUGUGUGUGUAUACUGAUUGCAAAUAAAACAUUUACA